AUGUUCCUCACAGUCGAGCCAUGCUUCGCGGGGACUGCCACAGGUGGACCCAUUGCGAGGGUAGCCCCAAAUGUCCUCAUCACCUCGUCUCCAGAGGUUUGGACACACGUAAACAACACUCCGGGGUACCGACGCUCGCCGUGGUACUACAACGCAUGCCGCAUCGAGUAUCGCCGCGAUAAUGUCUUUAGUGAGACUGACAACGAAAAGCACGACCGGAGGAGAAAGCAAAUGGCCCCCGGCUACUCUGGCAGAGAGAACCUUGAUCUCGAAGCCUCCAUAGACGAAUGUCUCACCCAGCUCAUGCAUCUUAUCCGUAGUAAAUAUGUCUCGUCCACAGAUAAUGCACCGCACAUGGAUCUAGCCACAAAAAUCCAAUUCUUCACCCUCGACGUCAUCAGCAAGGUCGGGCUCGGCACGGCUUUUGGCAUGCUACAAGCCGACCACGACAUCGACGACUAUCUCAAGUCCAGCGCCGAAGGUCUCACCAUUGGUAACACAGCCUUGGCCAUGGGUUUCAGCUGGCUCGCCCACUCGCCCUUCAUCGGCAAAUUCAUCGCCCCUUCGCCCAAGGACAACAGCGGGUUUGGCAAGAUGAUGGCCACGUGUUUCCGGUACGUGGACCAGCGCGCCGCCAACCCGACAGACAAGCGGUCCGACAUGCUUGCGUCGUUUAUCCGACACGGCCUGUCUGGCGACGAGCUGAGGACCGAGGCUCUGGAGCAGAUCAUCGCAGGGUCCGACACCACGGCCACGGGUAUUCGGGCGACACUGCUUCACAUCAUGACCAAUCCGCGCGUCUACGCCAAGCUGCAGCGUGAGAUUGACGAUGCCGUGCGUGAUGGCCGGGCGCCCGCGCCCGGAGACGGUCUCAUAUCUGCCACGCAGGCGAAGCAGCUUCCCUACCUGCAGGCUGUUAUGCGGGAGGCCCUGCGCGUUCACCCUCCCGUCACCAACAUCUUUUCUCGUGACGUCCCGGCGGCCGGUGACAUGGUAACCAUUAGCAGCAGCGAUGGAACGAAGAUCUUCUUGCCUGGCGGUGUGUCUAUUGGCUACUCGGCAUACGCCAUGCACCACGACAAGGAGAUCUACGGCGACGAUGCGGACGCUUUCCGGCCGGAGCGUUGGUUCGAGGCAGAUGAGGCUAAAUUACGCGUCAUGACGGCCACCAAUGAGCUCAUUUUUGGACAUGGCAAGUUCCAAUGCCUCGGGAAGAGAGUCGCUCAGGUUGAGAUUGGAAAGUUGGUAUUCGAGACGUUCCGCAACUUUGACAUGGCUGUAGUUGACCCGACCCGGCCGUGGAGACUGCAGAAUUGCCUCGGGCUGCUUCAUAUUACGGACAUGUGGGUGCAGGUUUCGGAAAGGACGAUUGCCUGA